UGCUACCUUCCCUGGCAACGUUUGUCUAUGGACACUUCUUGCAUUGAAAUGCAUUAAUGGCGAGUAAAUAACAUGCAGUAUGAUGCACAAUAACUUCUUUCUGUGAUUAUUUGAUACAGAGAAAAAUAUGUCGGAUCCAAUGCAGGGAAUUUUGGCCGAGGCCAAGUCAAACAAGUAUUCAUUGAUAAAGGAUAAACUUUCAGAAGACGAUGUAGCCAGUGUUUGGGAAAAUGUAUCUAAUUUCAUUGAAAAACACAUGUCCCAACAGAAGGGGGUCAGUAUCCCUAUGUUGGGGACUUUUACCUUCACCCAGAAAAAACUGGACAUCGGUAAUAACAAGUUCAUCAUGAUGCAGAGACCGAUCUUCAUGUUGUCGGAGAAGUUUGCUCAGACUCACGGUCUCCAGUCUGUCAAGUAUCACGUCCCAGGAAACAUUCCUGUAAUCCAGCUAAAUUAUGCAGCAUUAUCUUUUGAGAGCCCGUUUGACAGAGACACUGUGGAGAACUGUGUGCGGGAAAUCCUUGGUGCAGUGUCCCGGGGGGUCAGCGGAAAAAAGAACGUGGAGCUGACCUUCACUGGAAUAGGUCGCCUGACUGUCAGGGAUUCCCGCGUCAAAAUGAGGUUCUACAAGGAAUUCAUCAACCAAAUGGAUGGAACCGGGAAACUCCUGGACUCCAUGCAAAACAGACCAGGCACUGUGGACUCUGUGAUGUCAGACCGGGUCCCCUCCAGACCGGCCUCCAGUACCACUGUCAUCCUGCCAAAAAUCUCAAGUACCAAUCUAGGCCCAGGAGGCCCGGGUGCACUCGCACCAGUAGUGGAACAAGAUGAGGGUGUGCCCCCUCCAGAGCUCCAUUACAACCCUCAUGCGGCCGCUGUAGAUAUCAUGGAGAUGUCCAAUCAGGUUCCUAUUGAGAUGGAGCCCUUCCAGAUGGUCCCUCCCCAGACAGAGGAUGUUCCCACCUACCCCUUCCAAGACUUGUAUAAACGGGAGGGAAUGGAGGGGCCAGAGUUUGGCAACAUAGCCACAGACGAAGCCAUCCGCCACAUCGAAAACAACGGCCAACCAAUCACAGAGGAGAAUUUACAGCCAAUCGAAGCACCCAUUGCAGGAGAGCUUGAGGGACAUGCAGCCAAUGAUGUCCCCAGAAGGGACUACUUUGACACGGAGAGAAUUUUACCUGCCAUAGGAGAGCCAUUUACAGACACCAAGAGGCCUCCAGUGGCUCCAAGUAGGUCUGGUUCCCGCCUCGCAAUGCCGAUGGCCCAGGCCACAGGGGUCAGUCUCCUAGAUGACCUGAUGCCAUCUAAUCUGACCCCCAAGUCAGCCCCGUCCCCAGGUCUGCUGCACAAGUCCUCCCCCGCCCCACUGAGAGAAUACACUGAGGGAUUUAAACCUUUAAGGAGAGGUUCAACAUUUACCUCUUAUGAUUUAAGUAGACCAAACAAAAUACAUGAACCUCUACUUCCAUUGAAUGAGGAUAGUUUGCCCCAGAGGAAGUCUGUCUCUCCCAAGCUAAGCCCUCUACAGAGAUCCCACAGCUGUGAUGCCCUAGAUAAACCCAUGAAGGCCCCCACUCCUCCCCAGUCCGCCUGUGGGCACCCCAAUGCCGGUCAGGAGCUGUGCUAUCUGUGUCAUCAGCGGGCACGUAGAAAUAUCCCUGUGUCUUUCACAGAGGAGAGGCGUCGCCGCGAGGCUGAGGAAGACAAGCUGCUACAACAGUUCCAGUACAUGAAGGAUGCAGAGGAAACCCUCAAAGACCAGGAAGGUAUGUUGGCUAAGCGACAUGAUCUACAAAAGAUGGCUGCAUUCAAUCUUGGAGUUGCUGAGGCAGUAACACACAAGAAGAAAACUAGGGACCUGGAUUUCCAUAAAUCCUAUAUUUUCCAAAAGCGUCCUCUCACUCCCCCACGAAUCUUGAAGCAGCGAGAGUACGCAACAGAUCUGUCUGGACAGGUCACUGUCAAGGACACAGUGAAACAGAGGAGGAAGGCGGACGAGGAAUUCUUAGAGAGACUGGAGCAGGUUCAGCUAGCAGAAGAUCUGGCGGCCCAGAGAGAACAGUUUAUCCGGGACAAGCAGGAGCAACAGGACAUGUACAAGAAUGCUCUGGAGGCCCAGCUGAAGUUCAAGCCACUACAAGUGCCGCCCCGGGAACCAGACGGCGAGGUGUUCGGCAAGCAUGAUAUGAACAACGAAAAGAUGGCCGACAGACGACAACGGGCGUACGAACUGUUCAGGGAACAGCAGGAUCUGGUGGCGCAGAAGAAGAGGGAGGCCAUCCUCCGGCGGCUGAUGGAACAGCGAGAGGAGGAGGAUGUCCUAGAGAGGACCAAGAAAGAGUUAAUGGACGAUAGAUCCAAGAGGUUCCAGCGCAGGACCUUCGUCCGUAAGAGGCUGGAGGACGACUGGGCCGAGUCGUCCAAACAGAAGCACGACCGAGAGAUGGAGGAGCGCCUGCACCAACUGGCGCCCGGCGCCCUGCUCCACGAACAGUGCGACAAGUACCACCGCUGCCAGCAGUGCAAGCGCAAAGUGAACAAUUGUGGCGAAUCUAAUAUCUGGAGAGAGUCCCGCUACAUUCCCGGAUCUAGGCUGAUGGUCUAACCUGCUAUUUAUCUCUCUUUUAUGUAAACAUCUUAACUUAAUUAUUAAUUAAUGAUGAACUAUUUUAAUAUUUGCUCAUGUUAAAUGUCAGUACGACUUUUGCUGUCCUGAAUCAUCAGUAUUAAUUUCUGGUUAUUUUAUGCAUUUUCUAUUUGUACUGCUGAGUUAUAUUUUUUGAACAUGGCUCCAUAUAGCCUAUAUUUUUUUACUUCAAUUUCUAUUAUAUUCUCGAUUCUUCAAUUAUUUUUGUAGAAACUGAUUUAUGGAAGAAUAUUUUUGGUAUCUGUUGUAUUCUUUUUAAGAAAAUAAUCCACUUCCAUUCUAUGUAAACAUCGUUUGUAUAGUUGUCUGUGUUCAAAGUCCUAUGUCAAGUUCACAAUUUUAUUUGAGAAAUAUAUACUUUACUGUGUAUUUUGGAAGAAUGUUAUAUUGUGAAAAAAAAAUCGUUUUUUAUACGAGAAACAUUCGUUAAGUUUGAAAAGGCCUCUCUCAGGUAGAUAGAGCUACUUGUGUAGUUUCGUAUUCCAACAUCAGCUUUGAUUUUGUUUGUAUGCAAUGGUUUGUUAAUCGUGAUAUUCUAUAGAUGCUAUGGGUUGACUGUGAUAUUUUAUAUUAUAUAUAUACACACCAUCAUGUAUUUGUUAGAGCCUAAUCGAUGAAGAGCCUGUGCCGAAGUCAGCACAAAUAAACUUGUUAUCUUUGUAUGUGUCAGAUGCUUUUGUGAAUAGUCAUAUCAAAUAAAUAUUUGAAUGAUUUAAAA